UCACACGUUCGCGUCAAAAAAAAAAUAAAAAACUUUAAUUUCCACUUCUUUUCUUCCCCGACGCCGGCGACCACCGCCACGGCCUUCAGGAACUAGCCAACCUACCCGUCCCCGGCGGCGGCGAUGGCGAGGCACGAGGCGUUAGCGUCGGCGGCGGGCGUGGACUUCCACCUUCCAGACGAGAUCCUGGCCGUGAUCCCCACCGACCCGUACGAGCAGCUGGACGUGGCGCGCAAGAUCACCUCCAUGGCCAUCGCCUCCCGCGUCUCCCGCCUCGAGGCCGACGCCGCGCGCCUCCGCCGUGACCUCGCCGACCGCGACCGCAUCGAGGCCGACCUCCGCGCCCGCCUGGCCGCCGCCCUCGAUGAGAACGUGAAACUGGCGAAGGAGAGGGACUCGCUCGCCGCGACGGCCAAGAAGCUGGCGAGGAACUUGGCAAAGCUGGAGGCAUUUAAGAAACAGUUGAUGAAAUCAUUGAGUGAAGAUAAUUUAUUGCAAUUGUCUGAAACCGGUCUGGAACAUGAUGCAGAGGAUAAUUUGACUGCCCGGGUCCCCUCUUGGAAAGAUGAAGUUUCAAGCAGUUACUCUUCUUCAGAUACUUCCAGCAGAUCUACAAAAACAGAAUCCACUCAUGGUGGAGGAUACCAGUUCUCGAUCACGCCAUACAUACCUCAAAAAGUAACUCCUGAUUCAACACCUAUGAUUUCAUCCUCUGGUGGUUCCCCCCGAUCAUAUUCAACUGGCCCAUCCUCUCCCAAGUUCUUAUCUGGUCCAACUUCGCCUACAAGAUCUCAAUCUGAGGGUCAAUCAGCAUUUUCAUCAUGGCAAGGAUCGAGUCAUCAGUAUUCAGCACCUACAUCUCCUCCUCAACGCCGCUCAUUCACAGGGCGGCCUCGUAUAGAUGGAAAGGAGUUCUUUCGACAAGCACGGACGAGACUUUCUUAUGAGCAAUUUGGAGCAUUUUUGGCGAACAUCAAGGAGUUUAAUGCUCAGAAACAAUCACGAGAGGACACCCUGUCAAAAGCAGAAGGGAUUUUUGGAGUCGAGCACAAAGAUUUAUACAUUUCUUUCCAGAAUAUGCUUAAUCGCAACCAAUCAUGAACAUCUGUCAGAGGCUGUGUUCUUUUUCUUCUCUAAAUCAAGCAGGGAAGCAAUUUGUUGGAAUAAAACUCUUUCAUAGGUCUCAAGAUCAGAUUGCAAACAUCUGUAUAUAGGCCACCUUAAUUUGAACUGUCCAUCCUCAAUAACCUGGAGCUGUGACUGAAAAGAAAAAAGAACUCAUAACUAUUGGAAACUUUGGUCUGUUUGAUUUAGCAUGCAUUCACAUUCCGUCAUUCAUGUCUUCCUGCUGUAAAUUCGGUUGCAAAUCUCUUGAGGUGCAUUCCUUUUGUAGAAAGUUGUACAAACUGUUCUUUUGCAGUUUUUUAACUGCCAAGUGUAAGCAGAAUGGUGAUCACAGAACAUGUGUUCUAUAUUUCUGUAUUUGUUCGAUGACCCGAGUGAUUGGGAAUUUUUGUUGGGUUAUUCA